ACUGCUACUAUUGCCAUGGAAAUUUCGCUGUUUGGAAAUUUGUAGAAUCUUGUUCCUACUCUUGAAAAUUGUAAGUUUAAGUAUAAUAUAUUUCCACCAUGUCGUACGUCGAAUGGCUGGCCAAAGUGCGAGGUGCCGACAAAUCGUCCGCUAUUCAGGGCAAAAUCCGGAAAGUGCACUACAAUUUUCCCGACGGGUCCGAGAUGAUGGAAGAGUACAGCAUCGAAACGGGCGUUAUUCUACGACGUGCCUGGAAGUUGCCCGGUGACCUCAUCCGUAAAGACGAGUGGCAGGUAGAAUUGGGUGAUCCGAUCCCCAAAGAACUGGCUAAACCGGACGGUAUGCUGCUGUGUGAAGCAUCCACUGAGCCGAUUCUGUCGAAACGGGCGACCCGGCAUGCUUUGGAGUGGCGAAUUCGAAACCUGCCGUACCCACUGUCUACCUACACGAUAACCUGUGACGGGGAUGCUCGUACAAUUACGGUCCGAACGUCAAAUAAAAAAUAUUUUAAGAAAAUUACUGUACCGGAAUUUCAACGGUGCAACUUUCCACCAAAACAGGAAGACUUAACUGUGCGACACCAGAGCCAGACCCUGAUUAUAUCGUAUAAGAAACCACCGAUUCUAAAUGAGAUGGAGAAAGCUGUAUUAGUUGAACUUCAAAAUGUGGAAACAAUAGAAUACGACAACCUUCAGUGUGAAGAACUACUGAAAGGAUUAUUGGGCCAAUAAAAAGUGGCAAAAGGACGAAUUCUAUAGGACGCAAAAGUAAGCCCGUUGUCUUGUUAAAUAUGUCUUAAAAACAAAAUUUGUCGGGAUCGAUCGACAAAUUACUUCAACGUUAAUAUGACUCCGAAUUAGGUUACUUUGUACU